CUGGAUGUCUGACUCAGCCACGCAGGUUAUUUGGGGAUACUUUUAAAUCGCGUAUUGCAUCUAAUCCGACUACAAAAUGCUUAUUCAUUCUUCAUAUUCUGGACUACGUGCAUUUUGUAUCAUGGACGCUUUUGCUCGGUGCGACACGAGGUUUUAGAUAUUUUUCAAGAAGAAGACCAAGACGAAGAAAAGACUACAGAAACUGGCACUGCCCAUGUGCCCAUGUUAAUGUCUUUUCAACCACACCUGCAAAAGGACUAAAAGGGCAAUUCAAUAAAUGUUUGCUUUUUAUCACUGGACUAGUGCCAAAGCUGCAGAACAUCCCAACGUCCUGAUUCCAGGUCUCUGUGUCCCCAAAUUUGUGCUACGACUCUCAUGCACCUCGCCCCUGUAUUCAUCCCUGGCUUUGUGGGGCUGUAUGUGUGUUUCUGAUCCCUGCCACAGACUGUAAGGAUCGUUAUCACUUCCAUGGUCUGAUUAGUUGGAAUUUAACUUUUAUUUGUGAACCGAAUCUAGAACUGCGCAAUAACAACAUAUGGUAGUGGUGGAGUUUUAACCCUCUCAAGAAACUCAAGUGAAUGUCAAUGGGCUCUCAGGAUUUAACUCAAGGACUUUCCAACUGAGUUAGCACUCAGGAUUUUAUCUAAGGACUUAAAUCCAGGUUAAACAUCAGCAUCAAAAUACAGAUAAAAGCUCAUGUGAAUAACAAAUGAUGAGCUCUGACAGUUUCCAGUACCGUGCACUGUUCGAGUACAAUCAGGAGCGGGGUGACGAUAUCUCCCUUCAAUCUGGAGAUCUUAUCACAGUCUCCAAAAUGGCUCUUCUGACACCCGAUUACAAGGAGGGUGAUGAAAAGUGCCCAAAGGGCUGGCUACAUGGCACCAAUGAACGGACUAAAGAGAAGGGCAACUUUCCUGGCACCUUCGUGGAGUAUGUUGGGGUCAUAAGGGCGGCCCUUCCUUCAGGGAAACCUUGGCCAAGACCUGUACCCCCAACACCUGUAGGGCCUCAAAUCCCAGGGGCCCCUGCAUCAGAAGGCCCUUUUGGAAAUGCUGUAGAGCAGUGUGCUCUGUCUGACCAAAUCCCAGCGGUGGUACUCAGGCUGACAGAAGCUCUGGAGAGACAGGGCUGGGAUAAUGAGCCAUUGUACCGGACCACCCAGACCUCGACUGGACCCCCAGAAUUAUAUCAGGCUUUAGAAACAGACCCAGCAGUUGUGGAUUUUGAGCAAUAUGAAUUAGCCGUUUUGGCUGAUACUCUCAGAGGUUACCUUCAGGAUUUGCCUUGCCCGCUCAUCCCAUCUGUAGUGUACAGUGAGCUGAUCUAUGCAGCGCAGGAGAUCCAAAGCAUGGAGGAGUGUGGACAACAACUGAAAGGAAUCCUUGACUCCCCCAGUGUCCCUCAGGCUAACCAUCAGCUCCUGGUUCAUCUGACUCGGCACCUAUGGAAGGUGACACAGACUGGAGGAGCAGCUCAGGCAAGCCCUAGGCUUCUGGCUUUGGCCUACAGCGAGGCCAUCUUCAAAAAUAACCACUUUAGUGCGGAUGUAAACCCAGAACAUCAUGUUAAGAUUCUCGAAGCGCUCAUCACGAUUGGAGGCCUUGCGGAAAUACAGGCAGCACCAGCUCUUCCUCCGAAACCAGCAAAACCCAUGACACCAGUAAAUGGUAACAGUGUGAAAGAAGCCGCCAGCGGCUCAUUACAAGAAGCAGAAUGGUACUGGGGAGACAUAUCAAGGGAAGAAGUGAAUGACAAGCUGAGAGACAUGCCUGAUGGUACUUUCCUGGUACGGGACGCCUCCACUAAGAUGCAGGGGGAUUAUACGCUAACCCUAAGGAAAGGUGGAAAUAAUAAGCUAAUAAAGAUCUACCACCGGGAUGGGAAAUAUGGAUUCUCAGACCCACUCACGUUCAGCUCGGUGGUGGAGCUCAUCAGUCACUAUAGGCACGAGUCUCUGGCGCAGUACAACACCAAACUGGACGUUAAGCUAAUGUACCCCGUCUCCCGCUUUCAGCAGGAUCAGCUGGUAAAGGAGGACAACAUUGAUGCGGUGGGAAGGAAACUCCAGGAAUAUCACAAUCAAUAUCAGGAGAAAAGUAAAGAAUAUGACAGACUCUAUGAGGAGCACACAAAAACCUCACAGGAAAUUCAAAUGAAACGUACCGCGAUAGAGGCCUUCAACGAGACCAUCAAAAUUUUCGAAGAGCAGUGUCACACGCAGGAACGCUACAGUAAAGAAUACAUCGAGCGAUUCCGCAGAGAGGGCAACGACAAAGAGAUCGAGAGAAUCAUGAUGAACUACGAGAAACUCAAAUCGCGUUUGGGCGAGAUUCACGAAAGCAAGACCCGGCUUGAACAGGACCUAAAAACUCAGGCUCUGGACAACAGGGAGACGGAUAAAAAGAUGAACAGUUUAAAGCCCGACCUCAUUCAGCUCAGAAAGAUCAGAGAUCAGUACCUUGUUUGGCUUAACCACAAAGGUGUUCGACAGAAAAGAAUAAACGAUUGGUUGGGGAUCAAAAACGAGAACACGGAUGACGUGUACUUCACCAGUGAGGAAGAUGAGAAUCUGCCACACUAUGACGAGAAGAGCUGGUUCGUCGGGGACCUAAACCGCACACAGGCGGAGGACUUGCUCCACAGCAAACCCGACGGAGCGUUCCUCAUCCGAGAGAGCAGCAAGAAGGGCUGUUACGCCUGCUCUGUAGUCGUGGACGGUGAGGUGAAGCACUGCGUCAUCUACAGCACGCCUAGAGGCUUCGGUUUCGCUGAGCCCUACAACCUGUACAGCACUCUGAAAGACCUGGUCCUGCACUACCACCAGACCUCGCUGGUCCAGCACAACGACUCGCUCAACGUCCGGUUGGCGUAUCCCGUGUAUGCACAGAUGCCCUCAGGCCCCCGCAGAUGAAGACGCGCCCCCCCAAAUUAAACUGUAUACACUUUGGGGGAUAGGUUACUGAACAAAAAACCUACCAACAAAAAAAAACACUUGCUGCAACACACACGUCAGCCACCUUGGAGUUAUAUAUUUUUACAAGAACAUUUUGGAGGGCAUUCUUUCUAAAGACUGCUUGAUUUGCACAAGGAAGUUUUAAAUGUUUGUGAAUGUGAAAAAAGCAGAAGGAAGCAGAGGAGGCGAGUUUCAGGUGACCCGCGCUGCUACCUAAACUCCAGCUGGGACGUUUUACAUGCUUUAGCUUAAGCUUUUGUUUCCUUUCGUUUCUCACUCAGCUUUCCGUUUGUCAUUCAGCUUUUGUUUUUGGUUGUAUUAUCAUUCUUGACUGAUGUAAGUCGAGAAAUAUUUUGUUUGUUUAAACUCUCUGUUGAAAGGUGAAACUAUGUAGCAAACAGACGACUGACACUUUCUAGAGUGUUCGCACAGUGACUGCUGCUGAACAAGGGAUUGUGGGAUGUUUUGGGAGGGCACAGGUGAAAUACGUGUUGUCUUAAAAAAAGAAAAACUUACACUAACUUUAGAUUUUUAUUUUGUUUUGGAUUAAUUUUUGUCCUUUCUAAGCAGUUAUGAUCGUUACAGUUCAGGACAGAGACCAAAGUUGGCAAGGGAAGGACUUUUUACAUCUGGCUUAUAUUUAUAAAAAGUUAAAGAUACUGCUUAACACACCUUGUUUGCAAACUACAAACAAUAGUUCAAGACUGUCCAGUGAAUUUUUUCUUAAUUUAAUUUUUACCAAAUUCGCAUGCACAGACACAGUCGACAUGAAGCACUUAUAUACAAAUGACAAGUGACCGCUGCACGUGUGCACACCAAAUUUAAAAGAAAACUAAAUUUAAUGUGUGCAUUUUGACAACUUGUAUGCUCAAUGUCAGUUGGAUUUGUGAGGCAGGCAUGCAUUCUUCAUUGAGCAGGUGCUUCCCAUUAGAGCGAAUGUGCUUUAGUACAUCACUAGAUGAAAGUGCAAACGAAAGUGAUGGUCUGUGACAUCAAAUAGCGAUAAUCACUUGAACCUUUUGAAAAAUGAUAGGUUUCUUUUUUAAGAAAAACACUCUUUUAUUGCAUACUACUUCUUUUUAUAGCCAGUUGACUCGUUCUGUGUCACUAAAAAGAAAAUCUGAUUCAAUGGUUCGGCUGCCUCCCGGUUUUAAUGUCGCACAAUAAAACCUUUAUGAUGAUAUUCACAGCUAUAUAUAUGCACAAGUUAUAUCACUUCUUAUUAUUUGUUGGGCACCAUGAUGUCCAGUUCUGGAGCGUUUCAGUUCACAUUCUUCCCAUUUUUAUCUCCCCUAAAUUUGUUGAAAGACCGAAUAGAUUAACCAGCACAGAGUUGACAUAAUUUUUUCCCACCCAACUCCAGAUCUUUCACAUAGCUGAGGCGUUUUUUGUUUAAUUUGUUUUUAUUUUUUGAUUUCUAUUCUCUCAGUGCAUAGCAUACUAAACUGCGUUAUGCUGAGCAGCAUAAUGUUGAAACUGAAUUUGCCUAAUACAAAAUAAAGUGAUAAAGUCAUCACUGUUAUUUGAAAAAGUCAGGUUAAAAGCAUUUAAUGUAAGCCGCAUGCAUAAGAUGAUUGUUGGAGUUGGCCUAAAAUUGUUCCCUACUCCCCAUUAUUUUAACUUUUUAUUAAAUUGCCAUUUUGGGGCACUUGAGUGUUAUCGGCAUGGACAAAGACAGCAGUGAUAUGUAGCUGAGCCUGUGACAGAAUUCAAUGUUUUAACUGAAGCAGGAUCUUAACUUAUUCACCAAUUUAGCAAAUCUCUGUGUAUGCGACCCUUCAUCUGUUUUUUCAGUUUAAUUUUUUUUCAUUGGUUUGCCAGCUCUUAUUCUGUGGAAAGUUUGAGUUACUUUGCUUUGGAUCAUUUUUCAGCUUUAUUUUCUUUUAUUUAAUCCUUUAAAUAGUUAAGGAUGUUUUUUUAAAGCAGGACCCCUAAGGGGUCCCCUGUCUAUUACUUGAACUCUUGCAUCGCUCACCAUUGAAUGUCUUUAUAGUUACAAAUAUACAUUUAUUAAAACAUGGGAAACCCUUUUAUAGUGGAGUGACUAUAAAGGUGUUACCAGUACCACACAUAAAUUGUGUAGUGUUUUACUGAAAGGAAAAGGUUUAUUUUAUGUUCACAGAGCUCAAAUAUGACUGUUUAUUGGAGUGUAUUGACCGAUAUAGCUCACAUCGUAUUUGAAGAGUUUAAGAGUGAAUUAUUAGAGACUGGUAACAAAUGUUUAUGUUACACAAUUCAUGCCAUGACCGUACAUAACUUUUAUUGAAGAAUUGUUUGGAAAAAUGUUUUUGUGUUUCAUGAGCAUUUUCCUAGGCAUCGAGACCAAAGAUUUGAGUUUGGUUUGUUUUUCUUGGAAAGUGCAAGUUUUAAAGAGAUGCAUUUAUCUUCUUCCCCUUGUAUUUCAAAUGCCUUGCUUACAUGCAAACUUCAUUUUAAAUAGUCCGUUUGCGUUGUUAUCGCAAACCCCUUGCUUGGCUGACAAAUAACAAUGUCCUCGACUAUUUCUGUCUGUAUAUUUAAGGGUAGUGCACUGUGGAUUGGCUUGGGGUGCUUCUGUUUGCCAGUCAAAACUGAUGACAGUUUGUUUACUGAAAUGAAAUGUAGUUUUUGUUAAGCCUCAAAACUGUAAGAGUCAGGCCAGACUGGCCUUAAAGCAGAUGUAUUUGUUUUGUUUGAUAGUUCAUUUUUGCACUCACUUCUUUGGAAGAGUUAAAUAGAUUCUUGUGUGCCAACAUCCUUGAACCAUAAUUUGAUUGUUAGGUCACUAAAACACCCCGAAAGUUAACAAAAUCAAGUGUUUCUUUGUCUUGUCUUUACAGAUUUGUUUUGCAUUCACAACUAUUGAUCUAGUUGGAGACAUUGAUGCCGUUUUUAUUUUUUACUUUGAAAAUUGAUAUAAAGAAAACAGAAAACGCUCUACCCCACAGUUAUUUGUGGUUUUAAAAAAAAACGGCAUUGCCGUUCUCUGCAGGGCAGAAAGCAGUGGGGUUCGUUGGCUUUCUUUGUUCUUACACUCCAGAAAGCAUGCAAUAUUUUCUUUUUCCUUCUGAAAGUUUUCAGGGACGUGAAAAAGCAUUGCAUUGGGGAUUCGUAUGAGAGACGUUUACUGGAGGAAAAAAUGCUUCUUUUGUACUGAAGUGGGAAUGGGGGCAACUAACACAUUAUAACAAGCCAACAGAAUCGGCGGUGCACUGCUUCAAAAGCUCAAAGGGGUUUGGGCAUGAACCAAAAGAACCUUUCUCCUAUAUAACAGCUUGAGUUUUCAGUCAAUCUCAGUAAAAAAGCAAGUGUAAUGACCUGGCUAAAGCUAUUUCCGGACUGUUAACUAGAAAUGGCCCCUCGUGCAGAUCUGCAAAGUUUUAUUUGCAGUGAGGUUUGAAUAUGUUGUGAUUCUCAUUGGGAGUCUUUGUGUUCUUACCACAGCUGUCCCACCAUGAUAUCCAGCACAUUUCUUAUAAAAAAGACGAUUUUCAAAAAAAAAAGAAGAAAAAAUGAAAAAAUUUCACUCUCCUUCCCACUUUGACAUACGUAAAACCCAGCAUGCUUCUUUGGUACUCUUGACUGUUGUUUUGUGUAAAAAAAUAAAUAAAUCUAAAACAAAAAAAAGAUGUGGAACAAAAACUGUUAAUUGUCUGUUUAUGGUGUAGUCAAAUAUAAAUUUUAAUAUAGCUUAUUAAAAAAGACUGCUUUUUUUCAACUCAAUUAAGUCCUUCGUUGCAGUGAAUAAGACAAAAUGAUAUUGUGCACAAAAACUGAGACAGAGGAAGCAACCGAAGCAAUAGAAAGCAGCAUUCAGUACCGUUUGCACAAACUCAACAAUAUAUAAAUGCAUUCUCUUUAUAGACCUUUAAACUAAUCAUAUUAUACACGUUAUUCUGCAUAAACCUAUAAAGUCCCUUACACCAGCAGUGUUUCUCAUCUCUCUUUUAUAGACACAGCUCGAGCAAUAAGCCACAGGUCCUCACAAUGCCCAGGAAAUGUACUUAAGACGUGUUGCUCCAGCUUCGGUUAAAAUAUCCCUCUUUGAUAUAGUGUUUCAUGUCUUCAAGUUAUGGCACAAAUAGACAUGAGACACUAUGAUCUCUUGGUUAUCGCGUCUGGAGAACAAGUGAUGCCAGGAAUCCUCUCUCUCAGUAUUUGAAUAUCGUUAUUGCUUCAGACUUGUUGGUAUUCUUCAGUUACAAUUUCAACCACAAUACAGCAUUUUCUUGUAUCUGUUACAAUAGUUUGUAUUGGGUGUAGACUCUAUUUGUUAUGAGGUGAACUCAUGUGUAUACUCAAUGGAACUCCACGAUAUUCGGUUCUCGCAGAAUAAAGAAAAUAUUUUGUUCAAA